UUUCCCGCCUCGGGAAUCCCUGGACGGCGGCGGCGGAGCGGGAGGGAAGCCGCCCCUGGGGACUGAGCGCUGCCGUCCCGGCUAUGGGAGGAGGCAACUUUCAGGGAAGGUGUCCCGCAGGAAGGGUCGCAUCAUUCAGGGUGGCCGCCCGGUCCUGCCCGCGGGAGUAGGAGGACCGAGACGUCCGGCUUUCUCCCCGCACGCAGGUUCACAGCAUGUCCGCCUCGGCCCCUGCUGCGGAGGGAGAGGGAACCCCCACCCAGCCCGCGUCCGAGAAAGAACCUGAAAUGCCCGGUCCCAGAGAGGAGAGCGAGGAGGAAGAGGACGAGGACGACGAGGAGGAGGAGGAGGAGGAAAAAGAAAAGAGUCUCAUCGUGGAAGGCAAGAGGGAAAAGAAAAAAGUAGAGAGGUUGACAAUGCAAGUCUCUUCCUUACAGAGAGAGCCAUUUACAAUUGCACAAGGAAAGGGGCAGAAACUUUGUGAAAUUGAGAGGAUACAUUUUUUUCUAAGUAAGAAGAAAACCGAUGAACUUAGAAAUCUACACAAACUGCUUUACAACAGGCCAGGCACUGUGUCCUCAUUAAAGAAGAAUGUGGGUCAGUUCAGUGGCUUUCCGUUUGAAAAAGGAAGUGUCCAAUAUAAAAAGAAGGAAGAAAUGUUGAAAAAAUUUAGAAAUGCCAUGUUAAAGAGCAUCUGUGAGGUUCUUGAUUUGGAGAGAUCAGGUGUAAAUAGUGAACUAGUGAAGAGGAUCUUGAAUUUCUUAAUGCAUCCAAAGCCUUCUGGCAAACCAUUGCCGAAAUCUAAAAAAACUUCUAGCAAAGGCAGUAAAAAGGAACGGAACAGUUCUGGAAUGGCAAGGAAGGCUAAGCGAACCAAAUGUCCUGAAAUUCUGUCAGAUGAAUCUAGUAGUGAUGAAGAUGAAAAGAAAAACAAGGAAGAGUCUUCAGAUGACGAAGAUAAAGAAAGUGAAGAGGAGCCACCAAAAAAGACAGCCAAAAGAGAAAAACCUAAACAGAAAGCUACUCCUAAAAGUAAAAAAUCUGUGAAAAGUGCCAAUGUUAAGAAAGCAGAUAGCAGCACCACCAAGAAGAAUCAAAACAGUUCCAAAAAAGAAAGUGAGUCUGAGGAUAGUUCAGAUGAUGAACCUUUAAUUAAAAAGUUGAAGAAACCCCCUACAGAUGAAGAGUUAAAGGAAACAAUAAAGAAAUUACUGGCCAGUGCUAACUUGGAAGAAGUCACAAUGAAACAGAUUUGCAAAAAGGUCUAUGAAAAUUAUCCUACUUAUGAUUUAACUGAAAGAAAAGAUUUCAUAAAAACAACUGUAAAAGAGCUAAUUUCUUGAGAUAGAGGACAGAGAAGAUGACUCGUUCCCAUAGAUCUGAAGAUCUGAUUUAUACCAUUAUACCAGCAAAGAGAAUGUAUUUCCUUUUCUAAAUCCUUGUUAAGCAACGUUAGUAGAACUUACUGCUGACCUUUUUAUCUUGAGUGUUAUGUGAAUUUGAGUUUGCUGUUUUAAAUUGCAUUUCUAUGCCAUUUUUAGUUUAAAAUCUUGCAUGGCAUUAAUUGUUCCUUGCUUUUAUAGUUGUAUUUUGUACAUUUUGGAUUUCUUUAUAUAAGGUCAUAGAUUCUUGAACUGUUGUGGUUUUUAGUGCACUUAAUAUUAGCUUGCUUAAGGCAUACUUUUAAUCAAGUAGAACAAAAACUAUUAUGACCGGGAUUUAUACACACAGAGAUUGCAGUAUUUAGUAUAUGAAAUAUUUUGAAUACACAUCUCUGUCAGUGUGAAAAUUCAGCGGCAGUGUGUCCAUCAUAUUAAAAAUAUACAAGCUACAGUUGUCCAGAUGACUGAAUUGGAACUUUUCUCCUGCAUGUGUAUAUAUGUCAAAUUGUCAGCAUGACAAAAGUGACAGAUGUUAUUUUUGUAUUUUUAAAAAACAAUUCGUUGUAUAUAAAGUUUUUUUAUUUCUUUGUGCAGAUCACUUUUUAAACUCACAUAGGUAGGUAUCUUUAUAGUUGUAGACUAUGGAAUGUCAGUGUUCAGCCAGACAGUAUGAUGGAGCAGUGAAAGUCAAUUCAGUGAUGGGAACACUGAAGGAACAGUUAUCCUGCUUUGCCUCGAAAGUGUCAUCAAUUUGUAAUUUUAGUAUUAACUCUGUAAAAGUGUCUGUAGGUACAUUUUAUAUUAAGGACAGACCAAAAAUCAACCUAUCAAAGCUUCAAAAACUUUGGGAAAGGGUGGGAUUAAGUACAAGCACAUUUGGUUUAUAGUAAAUGAACUGAUUUUUAUUAACUGCUUUUGCCCAUAUAAAAUGCUGAUAUUUACCGGAAACCUAGCCACCUUCAUGAUUAUGACGAAAGUACCAGAUUAUAAUGCCAGAAUAUAAUGUACAGGCAAUCGUGGAUAUCUCUGACAAAGUGUGUCCCAAAAAUAAUAUACUUUUACAUUAAAGAAAUUUACCGUUUCUCUGGAGUUGGGGCUCUUGGCUUUUAGAGUUUGGUUAAUCAGUGUUGAUUCUAGAUGAUCAACAUAAUGGACCACUCCUGAAUGAGACUAAUUUUGUCUUUCAAAUUUACUGUCUUAAAUCAGUUUAUUAAAUCUGAAUUUUUAAAACAUGCUGUUUAUGACAGAAUGACACAUUUGAUGUACCAAUUAAGUGUUGAAAAAUAUCUUUGCAUCAUAGAACAGAAAUAUAUAAAAAUAUAUGUUGAAUGUUAACAGGUAUUUUCACAGGUUUGUUUCUUGAUAGUUACUCCGACACUAGGGAAAGGUAAAUACAAGUGAACAAAAUAAGCAACUAAAUGAGACCUAAUAAUUGGCCUUCGAUUUUAAAUAUUUGUUCUUAUAAACCUUGUCAAUAAAAAUAAGUCUAAAUCA